UUUUAUAUCUGUAGUCGAUAAUAUCGAUAUUCUUUAUCUCGAUAUUUUUUAUCUCCACGAUCACUCCGAUGUCUGUUAACCUAACCUAACCUAACCUAGCCGACCCGGUUGUAAAGCGAGUAAAAAAUUAAUAGAACGCGGUGAUGCGCAUCCAUAUGUUUGGAAAUACAAUCUCUAUACCGAAAAAUGUUCAGUGUACAUUUGAAGAUUGUAUAACAACGCCGAUUGCACCUCUGUCUAAUUGAAAUCUCACUCCUCGAUAAUAUUCGGCAUUUUCUCCGACAUGCCAGGAGGAUUUAACCUCCAAAAUUGUGGACAGGAAAAAUAAAUGUUUUUACGAUGUUAAAAUGUUUAAUUGACAAGAUCGAGAUACUUGACCGGCGAACAGGUUGUCAUUUGUACAUUAACAUCAAUUCCCAAUAAAAAUUGACGUGCACGAUGGGCGAGGUAAACGUGUCUUUUCAAAUCGACACCGACAAUCGGGAGAAUUUUUCGUCUGCCAUCGCGUUCCACACCUUCAAAAAGCAGAGAGAUGCCUUCUACGACAUACUAAGAAUUUGGGAGGAGAAUCAUUUGGUCCAAGGAUGGGUGUUCCAGAUCGCGCUUGGUGGCAAGAUAAGAAACAUGUUGACGCUGCAUAAUGACUGCACGAAUUAUUAUCACAUCGCUAGGUUAUUCAAGUCACAAUUGCUAAUAUCGUGCAUACAGAAUGGACGUCAAGAUGACGUAGUGGACGACGAAAGCUUGAAUUUCCUGAAAGCUUUAAAACACGUUAACCCUGAAAAAUUGACUCAACUCAGUAAGAGAUUUGUGACACCAUUACCGUCACAAAGUCAGAGUGUCGGCCCUUCGUUUCCCGGCAUGCAGGAAUUUUUCAAAGAUUUUAUAUUGCAUGCGUUUAAUCCGAUAUUUUAUACGCAUUUGGAGAACUGUUUUGUACAUGAGAUAAUGGAGUUGAACGACACCCAGUUUGCUAAUAGUGAAAUAGAAGACUCGGAGACAAUGGUUGACGAUCAAACGCAGCGGAAUUUUAUUACUUGUUUAGCCAGCUUGAGACUUCUUGCGAAAGUAUUAGGACUUUUAGUAUCAUUGCCAUACAGAUCUGAAUCCAAUACCACUAAGGAGAUUUUAAUGACACAAGUAGAGAUAAGAAGCAAGGUAUUACCAUCAUUGAACUUACAAGCGUGUAUUCAGAGCGCCAUAGUCGAAGGUAAACUAUCGCUGACGAUACCUUGGCUAGUAAAAUAUCUAGCCAUGAUGGACAUAGUGUCGCUUCGACUGCCGUAUUAUAAGCAGAUCUUAGAACUAUUGUAUUACAUUUAUCAUGCUAUCAAUCAGACCGAUCUUACCGCUUCUGAUUGCCUUAUUUCUCAACAAUCGGCUGUGCUGCUCAAGUCCAGUCUGUGUUGGUUGUUCGAGCUACCAAACUUUCCCAGAGAUUUCUAUAUUGCCUGGCAAAAGACUUGCAAGAUCAAGGAACUGAAGAGUCUCAAACAGAUGGAAAAAUUCUCAACAAAACAGAUGGAGAAGAAAAGAAAUUCGCAUUCCGCCGAUUGUGCGAUUCCCGUCAAAAGCAGUCUCGAUAAAUUAGAUAUAAUUACUGAUCGCACGAUGCGUAUGUGCUGUCCGCGAGUGGAAUCGACUCUUUCUGUGUUUCACGGAAACGGAACGAGUUUGAAUGUCAAUUCCAACAAGCACAUUACACCCGUUACCAGCCAAUUACGUAAAUUAGGGGGUACUACUCGCGCAAAACACCUGGAGCUGCAACUGGAAGAAGCCUUUUUCCACGGUCAGCCGGCUUCUACUCGAAAGACUGUUGAUUUCGUUUCUGAAAGAGUCGCGUCAACCUGCGUGAAACAUAUAUGCAACACUCUAUUGACUUCAUCACGAGAAGCAAAUUUAAAUUCUUUCAGGAAGAUUUUGAAACACAAGAACAUCGAGAGGGACUCGGAUGAGCAGGGUGAACUGUCGAGAAAUUACUUCAACGAAUUUAAGGCUUUGCUCCUGAGCGACAUGAAUACAUUGGCCAACAAUGCGUCAAGAGAAUUGAAGGAUCAGUGUGAGAAAACAAUCCCGACGAUUUGCGAGACGCGAGUCGCGGCAUCGAUAGAAUCUUUAUUGGCAGAAGACUCUCUAACGUCGGUGAAGGAAAUGUGCAUCAAGAUCGCGACUAGAAUGGCGAUGGAACGGAUAAAUCAGUGGAUUCAAUCGCAUAUUGCCGGUGAUUCUUUGUUUAUAAAGGACAUGGAACUUGAGAUUAAUAGGUUCUUUCGGAACAGUAGUCCUGUGCAUUCUAAUAAGCAAGAAAAGGAUCACAAUACAGAUGCUCCUAGCCCUACUGUUAUAAUGGACGAGCUUCGAGCACUAAUGUGGCAUAUGUUAGAUAACAACGGCGCAGAUUUAACUAUAUCGUCUGUAUUGGAUAUUUUAGACAAACUGUAUCAAUCGUUCAGUCAAAGAGGUGAUUUAUUACCGGGCCCACAGAAAAUUUUGUAUUUCCUCAGUUUGGAUUUCGCGCUGUUUUUAGUGGCGUACAGGACGGAUCUCUUUACGCGAGAGGUCCAGGACAAAUUAAUUAAAAUAUGGUCGUCGGAUAAUCUAAGAAAUGACGAAGACGAAUCGCCUAUGCAUAGAAUUCUGUGUUCAAGAAAUAUUAUAUUACUGAUGCAACCGCAGAACGACGCAACGUGGCCGAUUUUUGGCAAAUUUCUGAAGAAGUUAUUAGAAACAAAUAUACUCGACGGAGACAGUCUGAGUGAUCAGUGUGUGGCUUUAUUUAGACAAGACUGGCCUGUGCCUUUGUUAAAACUUUUAUCGAAGUGCCUGUCCGAGGCCAUUGAGGGUUACAAAGCCAAUGACGAAGCGACAGAGAAAGUCAAGUACCUUCUUGGCUGGAUAGCAGAAACAUAUCACGAGAUUGAAUUUUGUGACGAUGACGAUCCAUAGACUGAGGCACAAUAGGUAAUUAACAAUACUGCGAUAAUUGCGAAAGUAUGACUUUGUUGAGAUAAAUUUCUGUAAAUAUAAUUAUUAAUUCUUGUGCAUAUACAUAUAUAUGUAUAUAUAUUGUUGUAUAUUAUAAUAUGAAGCAUUCUUGUUUUGUAUAUGUGUGAUUCGCGUAUGAUUCGCUUCGGAUAUGUAUAUGGACGAGUAUUUUAUUAGUAGAAAAAUAAAUUUUAACUUUUU